CCUUCCCCCUUCCCCUUCCCCUUCCCUUUCCUUUUCCCCUUCCCUUUCCCCUUCCUCUUCCUUUCCCUUUUCUCUUCCCUUUCCUCUUCUCCUUCCCUUUUUCCUCCCCUUUUCUCUUCCUCUUCCCUUUCCCGGGGUGGGAACAGCCAAAUCCCGCCCGAUAACCGCUCCUCGCAGCGUUUCCACUCCUAUCGGGGCUCCCCUUUGCUGUGCGGGGCCGUUAUUCCCUUUUGCUGGCCCAGCCCUCGCUGGCUCCUCGCCGGCACCUUCCCCGCUGCCCAACACAGGCCUUUCCUCCCCCUCUUGCCCUUUUUGCCCCUUUUCCCCCCUUUUUGGGGGCGAUAUUGCUGAGCUCGGCAGUUUCACGCCGAAUCGGGGUUGGGAAACUCGCAGCCCAAGGUCCAGCCGCGCACCGGAGCGGGCAGCGGGGACCAGGCGGAGAUGGCGGCACCACUCAGCCAUGACUGUGACCAACGAGCCGAUCCUUGAGUUUAAGCCAGGGAGCCCCGAGAGAGCAGCGCUUCAGAAGGCACUUGCUGAUCUGAAGGACAAGACAGAAGCCAUCCCGUGUGUGAUCGGGGGAGAAGAAGUGUGGACACCAACAGUGCGGUACCAGCUGUCACCAUUUAACCAUGCACACAAGGUGGCCAAGUUCUGCUAUGCCAGCAAGGAGCUCAUUAACAAAGCUAUUAACGCUGCCUUGGCAGCGAGGAAGGAAUGGGACCUAAAACCUGUCCAGGACCGAGCGCAGAUCUUCCUGAAGGCAGCUGACAUGCUGAGCGGCCCCAGGCGAGCAGAAGUGCUGGCCAAAACCAUGAUUGGACAGGGUAAGACAGUGAUCCAGGCGGAAAUCGAUGCUGCCGCCGAGCUGAUCGACUUCUUCCGAUUCAAUGCCAAGUAUGCCCUGGAGCUGGAGAAGACCCAACCCAUCAGCGUGGACGUCAGCACCAACAGCAUGGUCUACCGGGGGCUGGAGGGUUUCGUGGCAGCCAUCUCUCCCUUCAACUUCACAGCGAUCGGUGGUAACCUGGCAGGGGCUCCAGCGCUGAUGGGGAACGUGGUGCUGUGGAAGCCCAGUGACACUGCCCUGCUCUCCAGCUACGCUGUCUACAAGAUCCUCCUGGAGGCCGGGCUCCCCCCCAACAUCGUGCAGUUUGUGCCAGCGGAUGGGCCUGUGUUUGGAGACACCGUCACGAGCUCCGAGCACUUCUGCGGGCUCAACUUCACCGGCAGCGUGCCAACUUUCAAGCGGCUCUGGAAGCAGGUAUCAGAAAACCUGGAUCACUACCGCAACUUCCCACGUCUGGCUGGAGAGUGCGGAGGGAAGAACUUCCACCUGGUGCACAGCUCCGCCAACGUGGGCAGCGUGGUGAACGGGACCCUGCGCUCGGCCUUCGAGUACAGCGGCCAGAAAUGCUCCGCGUGCUCCCGCCUCUACGCCCCGGCCUCGCUGUGGCCCCAGAUCAAAGAGAAGCUACUGGAGGAGCACGGGAAGAUCAAAGUGGGAGAUCCCACGCAGGACUUUAGGACGUUUUUCUCUGCAGUGAUUGAUGACAAGUCUUUUGCACGGAUAAAGAAGUGGAUUGAGCACGCCAAGAAGUCACCCAACCUCACCAUCCUGGCAGGAGGCGGCUGCGACGACAGCGUCGGGUACUUCAUCGAGCCGUGCAUCGUGGAGAGCAAAGACCCACAGGAUCCCAUCAUGAAAGAGGAGAUCUUUGGCCCCAUCCUCACGGUUUACGUCUACCCGGAGAAGCAGUACAAGGAGGUCCUGGAGCUCAUCGACACCACCACACCCUACGGCCUCACGGGGGCGAUCUUCGCCCAGGAGAAGAGAAUCAUCAACGAGGCCAGGAGCUUCCUGCGCAAUGCAGCCGGCAAUUUCUACAUCAACGACAAGUCGACAGGCUCCGUGGUGGCUCAGCAGCCCUUCGGAGGCUCCCGCAUCUCAGGCACUAAUGACAAACCUGGUGGCCCGCACUACAUCCUGCGCUGGACGUCUCCUCAGGCCAUCAAAGAAACACACGUGCCCUUGGCAGACUGGCGCUAUGCCUACAUGCAGUGACACCUCCUCCUCCUCCCCAGCCCCACUGGUACUACUGAUUCUCAACGCACAGAAGUGGCCUUGCAGCUACACCCUUAAGAAGCACUUAGAUCUACUGAUCUCUAACCUGAGCUUAGGUUUUAUUUUUAAAGGAAAAUUCUAUUAUUAAACUGUAAACGCAGAAGAGAAAGUCCUUGUGGUCCAUGUACGAGUGAUGUGUUAAUGAAUUCAGGGGUGCUGGAGGAGUGUGGUUGCAUACCUGGAUCUCAGUUGCCUUUUAUCAUAGAACCUCAGACUGGUUUGGGUGGGAAAGGAUCUUAAAAUCCAGUUCCAACCCCCUGCCACAGGCAGGGACACCUUCCACUAGAGCAGGUUGCUCCAAGCCCCAUCCAACCUGGCCUUCUGUUUUGUCCAUCCCGACCGGUCCAGCACAGUUCCCUGUCAAUGAGGCUGCAUUUAAAGCAGGAGCUUAUCAUUAAGAGGCUGGCCCUAUCCUGCCAAAAGCAGUGUCAUUCCCUGUGUCCCCAGGGAGCUGCACCAGCAGAAAUCACAGGAAGCUGAGGGCUGCCUGUACCAGCCUUCCCGGAGCUGUGGGCAGCUGGGCUUGCUUUAAACCACAAUCGAUGGGGUGGGAGCCCAGAGCUGUGUUUUCUCCCCAUCCCUGAGCAAGGGCAAAAGCUCAGACACCCCCAAAACGUUUUUGAUGUAGGGAGAGAACUUGACAGAAUGCACCUUGUACCAGGAGAGGGCGGCUGCGAGUGCGGUGCUGCUUCGAGGUGAGUUUAAGUGCCUUAUUCCUCUGCUCUGAAGGCAGCAGAUGGGGUUCCCUGCACAGUCCCUUGCAAAUGGUCUCAGGGUGUGUGCAGACAUCGGGCAGAUGGAGCAGCAACACCCCACUUGCUCCCCUUGUUUCAUCACUGGUGACAAGGUCAGGCUGCCUCCCAUGGGUUUUGGCUGCUUCCCCUGCUCCAAUCCUUGCAUGUCCGCUGUAGGAAAUGGAAAGACUUUAAGAGAAGGUGUUUCAAGAAAGGACCAUUCCUGCACAAGCUGCAGCAUCCCUCAAAUCCCUGGAAGGAAUUGAAAAGGAAAUUGAAGGAAUUUAACUUAAUUAGCAGGAGGUGCUAGGACAGCAAGUGGAGGGCUGCAAUAAUCAGAGCAAGAUGCAUCUCUCAGGCUGUUGUGCUCUGUCCAGGGCCGUGCUCUGGCCUGUGGAGCUGGUUUUGACACAGGCACAUCGCUGAGGCUCUGCAAGCUGCCCUGGCAUUAAGUUAGAUCAGUUCUGGCCUCUGUGGUCCCUGUUGGUGUGACUAGUGCAGGUGCUGCCUCUCCAUCAGCACGGUCACACCAGUGGGUCCUGCAAUGAGAACAGGAAAAGGGAUCUUAAGCACAAAGUCUUGCAUCCUUCCAGGAUCAUUUCUAAUCUAGAAACCUUUGUAACACUUACAAUUAAUAACUGUUCAAUUCUCAGGAUUUGCAGCUCGAGUGGAGAACCCUGUUGUAAUAAGCAUUAAGUAUGGAUCUUGUCCAGGCCUGGGCUGGUAUUUAGCAUGCAGGUCAUGAAGGAAUUGCAUUGAUAUGUGUGAAUCUUGAUUUAACUGAGAAAAUCUGCAAUAAAAUAAAUUUCAAACUCC